CAGAAGGCGGAGGAGGAGGAGGAGGAAGAAGAAGAAGAAGAGGCGGAAGCGACGUUUUCUCGCGUCUACCGCGACAACGGCGGCUGCUGCUGGGAGCUUGUUGAGUCGCGGACCGGGAUUCUCGGUGCGCUUCAAGAUAUGUCAGUUUUUACAACUGACGAUCGAAUUUUGCUUGAAGAAAUCGUCGAAACAAAUACCGAAGAACACGAGGUUGAACUCUGCGGUAGCAUCGAGAAAGUGGAGGAGAGCUCGGUGACGAGUAGUAUAGCGGCCGUCGAGGCCGCAGAUAAUCAGCAACAACGACAACAAUCGAAGAGUAACGCGGUAGCAGCAGGUCGUCGCCUAGGUGGUGGUGUCGGUUCUGGUGUCGGUGGUGUUGGUGUUGCUUGUAGUGCUGGUGCUGGUGCUAGUGCUGGUGCUAGUGCUGGUGCUGGUGCUGGUGGUGGUGUUGGAGGUGGGCCAGGAGGU